AUGAUGGACGACAAAUCUCGGAAUCUGGAUGAACAUUGUGGUGAUGAACACGACGCUCCAAGCUCUGGCCAGCCGUUCUCUAAUUCAUGGCGAGACGAGCCUCUGACACCUGCCGAAACAUCAAAAGUCACGGAAAUUCUCCGAGCAUGCAGAAACAACGACAGACAGCAACUAGUAGCACUUGCCACGGCCUCGGGCGGUCUCGUAGAAGACCAUGUUAGACGCGUCGCCUUCUAUGCUACUGAUCCGAAACUUUGCCAGCAUCUGGCUGGACUGCGGCCGUACUUUGCUAUUGCUGCAACUCUGACCCUUUACGCACACGAUAUCGAAGAGUAUGGCGGCAUCUCUCGGCUGUUCGACUUCCUUCUGGCACAUGAAGCUGUAAUAUCGGUGUAUAUUUCCAGANUCAUCAUGACCCGGAAAGAUGAACUCAUGGAGUACGAGUCCGACGACGAAGAUAUGAUGUACGCAAUCUUGUCCAAGCUCCCCAAGCCACUGGAUAUUGAAUCCCUGAUCACGAGAACGACCUCGCUUUUUGCGCAACACCCACCAGAGACACUGCCGUUCAGUGCAUGGCGCAAAGUGUCAAGCUACAGCGUACUGAAGACCACACGCGAUCCGGAUGAACUUGCAAAGCAGACGCUUGUGGAUGGUGAACAUCUUCAUGCAAAGCAUGCAGCACAGAUUCAGCGUCAGGAGACAAUUCAGAAGUUGACUGCUCACUCUCGUUUGUUGGCUUACAGAUAUCGCAAACCUGCUGGAGCGUUCACAGUCGCGAUUGUCGUUGGUGUUUUGUCACUAUGGAUGGGCAGAAGCGGAGAUGGCACUUCUAUUUUGUCACCAGCCGCAUUAGUUGACGCUAGAGACAAGCUGCUGUGGGUCAUCAACCGGGCUUGGACAGGUCUCCGGCUGUGA